AUGGCAGGAGCGUCGGCGUCGCUGAUAUCGAAGACAAUUCUGCAGCCGUUCGACACCACGCGCACCAUCCUGCAAGCCUCCAAGAAGAUUCGUGGAAACUACAACAAUCUCUGGGCGUGUGCGACAGGAAUCGUAUGCACAAAGGGUCUUCCUGCUCUCUACACCGGACUGAUGGUGUCAAUUGCAGUUUCCGCCCCUUCCUCCGCCAUCUUCCUCACAGCCUAUGAGCAGGCCAAGCGGGCAGCUGAAGAUACCAUCAACGCGCUCACAGCUUUUCGUCCCUUAAAGCCAACAGAGGGAGGCAGCAGACAUAGAGUAGGCGGACAAUCACUGGCAGGGUGGAGUGUUGGUUCUGGGGAAUGGCAUGUUGAUGGUUGGUGGAAUGAGGAGAAUCGAGCACGGGUGCGAUCAGUGCUCCUGCCUGCAGCCCCAGCCCUGGCAGCAGUGGCUGGGAAUGUGGUGUCCAGCCUGGUGCGGGUGCCACCAGAGGUGGUGAAGCAGCGUGUGCAGGCAGGGCAGUUUGCCGGGCUCCUUGCUGCCGUCACCAGCAUGUGGAGGGCGGAAGGGCUGCCUGGGUUCUACACUGGAUAUUCCACCAUGGUAGGUGGGUGA